AUGUCGAGCUCUGCAGAGCUGCAACGCGAACGCGAGGUGCAGGGUUACUUCCAGAGCUGGCAGAUAGCGCAAGGUUCCUCUCUCAAGGUCGCUAGAAGUGUCGACAGCAUCAACGCGCCAUCUCAGGUCAAUGACGCACACGCGCCGCAGCCUUCUUCCGACAAGGCGCUCUCAGCCUUUGCGCAACUGGCUGUCUUUCGGCUUAACGUGAAGCGUGCUAUGGUCUCGCUCAUCGAUUCUUCUCAGCAAUACAUUCUCGCCGAAGCCACACGGAAUCUGCGACUGGGGUCACUCGAAGAAGAAUCUAGUGGAGAAAAGACCGCCGACAAAAAGAAAGACCCCGAAUUAGCGAAUUAUAACAGCGAAUUGUGGUUGGGAACGUCCAUCCUUUCCCGCCCUGAAGCCGUUUGCGAGCACUGCCUACACAAUACAUGCAUCGGUCGAGAUCCUGACGGUCGAACAUACUCAGCCUCUGGCCUUAUCGUCCCCGACUGUCGCCUCGAUGAGCGCUUCAAGUCGCGCGUAUAUGUCCAAUCCGAACCCGGUGUGCGCUUCUACGCUGGCGUGCCCAUCUUUUCACGAAAAGGAUACAAGGUCGGAACGUACUCUGUUUCGGACGAACGACCGCGAGACGGACUGUCGAUCGAGGAUGUUAAGUUCAUGCAGAGCGUUGCGCAAGCCGUUACCGAACACUUGGAAUGGGCACGCGACCGUGUUGACAGGUUCAAAGGUGAACGUAUCGUUCGCGGACUAGCGACCUUCAUCGAAGGCUGCUCAAGCGAUGACCCUAUUCUGUCAAAGGAGGAUCAACCCCAAAGACCGCCGAUCAAACGGCCCCCGGGCAUGACUAUCACGGCGACGAGACGUUCCUCUUUGCACAACACCAUGCACAAGGUCGAUCCUGACUCCAACCAACGAUCUCAGAAAGCUACCUCACCGCCUCGAAAGCAUAAGCCCCAGACGGACGGUUUAUCGAGAAUGUAUCAUCGAGCGGCCGAUAACUUACGAUCUGCAAUACUCGCUGACGGAGUUGUGCUCUACGGCGCCACAGCCUCCAACGUUCAACACUUGACCCGAGCGGUACAGAUAGAACAGAGUGGUGCCACGAACGCUGACGGACUGCCGACGCAAAUCGCUGCAGAGCCCGAUGCCUUCAGCACAGAGAGCUCCGAUUCCGAGACAUCACCGCUGCCAAGACCAUGUAAGCUUCUGGCUUACUCGUUAGCUGACAAGAGCAAACCUUUGGACCUCGAACAGGGUCCAUCUUUCUCUAUCGGGACUCUUGAGAGAUACUUUUCACUCUUCCCCAAAGGAAAGACAUUUACGUUUACAGAAGAAGGAGCCGGUAUUUCUUCUGAUGACGAUAGUGCGAGCGAUGGUAGCCCUGCUCCCGCUGGAGGGAAAAGCAAGCGUCGCAAGGAAAAGAUUGACCACAAGGAACUCCUUAAGAAGAUCCCCGGGGCAAAGGCCGUUGUCUUCCUACCCUUGUUUGAUUACGUUGAAGAUAAACUUGUUGGCGGGUGUUUCCUCUGGACCUCGGUGCCCGGUCGCAUGAUGAACCUGGAUGAGGACCUGUCUUACCUACGAGCGUUUGGUAACAGCAUCACGAGUCAAGUCGGUCGCAUCAAUACGAGGAAGAACGAAGCAGCCAAGACCACAUUCAUUGCAAGCAUGAGUCAUGAGUUACGAAGUCCGCUACAUGGCAUCUUAGGUGCUGCUGAGUUCCUCAAAGACGCAGUAACCGACUCGUAUGAAGUCGGCCUUGUCAAUUCAAUCGCCACUUGUGGCAAGACGCUCCUCGAUACCUUGAACCAUGUGCUCGACUUCAGCAAGAUAAACAACUUGGGCAGCGGACAAUUGAGAAGAGGCGCAAAACACAACAAGAUCAUCAGCCUCUCUUCUGAUUCGAUGGAGAGCUUAAACAUGACGGCGUCAGUAGACCUCUCUGUUCUUGUCGAGGAAGUUGUGGAUGCUGUGGCAACUGGUCACAACUUCAAAAGGCUCCCCAGAAAGCAACUAAGUCAAGAAGAAGCAGUGUUGGGUGGCAAGGAUAACCAAGGAGCCCCGGAACCAGGAACCGAUCAUCCUGUAUCAAUCCUUCUGGAUAUUAGCCCGAGGGCAUCAUGGAUGGUCAAGACACAGCCUGGUGCCCUCCGAAGGAUUGUCAUGAAUCUAUUCGGCAACGCGCUCAAGUAUACAGCGUUGGGUUUCGUACUUGUCUCGGUGCGGGCGCAAGAGAUCAGCGGCGAUUCUAGGAUAGAUGUCUUGAUUCGAGUUACGGAUACCGGAAAAGGAAUGUCGGAGGACUUCCAACAGAAUCGUCUCUUUGUUCCUUUCAGCCAGGAAGAUUCCUUCCAGCCCGGGACUGGUCUGGGCUUAAGCAUUGUUAAACAGAUUGUGGAUUCACUUGGAGGGACGCUCGAGGUCAAAUCGGAACAGAAUAAGGGUACUGAAAUUGAAGUCCGACUGCGUCUUGAGCCAGUUCAUGAAGAGAAUUCCAAACCGGAAGAGCCCAUGGCUUCCAUGGUCGAACAGCUUCGGGGAAGGUCUUUGGUGCUCCUGGAAGCAAGCGAGGACUUCCAUUCAAAAACCAUCACUGAGCAAGUCAAGGUGCGCAACGAAACCUUGAUGGAUAUCUUCUCAAGCUGGUUCAAUAUGAAAUCUGCAAGAGAGGUAGAUACGGAUGUGCCCAAAGCCGAUUUCUAUCUCUAUUGUGAGCCACCAUCCGCGAAAACCCUCGAAAAGCGUUUUGCAGAGACUGCGAUAGACGGCCGUCGCAAUAAGAAAGCGCCCAUCAUCAUCAUCAGCUUGAAUGAAGAAGAAGCAGCAAAGAUAUCAAGAGCUCAGGCUAAGGCUUUAGCCAGAUUGUCAGAUGUGGUUGAAGUUAUCCCACAACCAUGUGGCCCUAGGAAACUCGCACAAGUAUUCAGUCGAUGCUUGAACAGGAUUGGGGAGGCCAGAGAUGACGACGACAACAGAAACCUGAUCCAGAGUGCGCAGACAGGUGGCAAAGAGUCAAAAGAGCAGAACACUCCGGACAGAGAGGACGCAACAGAACAGAUGAACUCGAAAUUGCACCAAGGCAAAGGCGACAAGCCGGAUUGGGCGGAAACUACCACUUCACCAUUACCACGGGGAAAAGAAGAACAAGACCGGUCCAAAAACGACAGUCGGGAAAAUAGCCAGAAUAAGGAAAAGAAGGAGAGCAAUGAAGAUUUUAGGAAGGAGGUGAAUAACAAGUCUUCACAAGACACGCGAAAACAAAAGAAACCGGAAAUGCCAAACAAGGCACACGUUCUACUCGUCGACGAUAACAAGAUCAACCUCAACCUUUUAACAAUGUUCAUGAAGAAAUGCGGCUUCUCCUACGAAGAAGCAGAAAACGGAGAAGAAGCCGUCGAGACCUUUAAAAAGUCAACAAUCGGCGACGCGGAACCUGGGACACCUGUCAAGAAGCACUUUGACUACAUACUGAUGGACAUAAGCAUGCCCGUCAUGAACGGCGUCGAAGCUACAAAGAGGAUCCGCAAGCUCGAGGCGGAGUACAAGGUUCCGAGGACGACGGUGUUUGCGCUGACAGGGCUGGCGAGCGCGGAUGCGAGGCUCGAUGCCAUGUCGGCGGGCGUGGACUUGUUUUUGCCGAAGCCGGUCAAGUUUGCGGAGUUGAAGGCGAUGAUUGAAAAUAAUUAG